GUACAAUGAAAGUUGUUUGCUUUAAUUUCAAUAAUUUUUCAUAGUUUCUGCUAAAGUUGAAUGAUUAGUGCUAAAUUAGCAGGCUAUUGUUUUCUUAUUAUUGGCUUCUUUGUACAUUCUUCUUAUUCUAUAAUGAAACCCCUAGCCUGCAGUAGGAAUAUUUGGGCAAAUGCCAUGCAUUGACUGAAUUGACCGAAAUUUAAUUACAGUUAAGCAGUUGAAUGAAACCCCUAGCCUCCAUUAGGAUUAGUUAGGCAAAAAUAGACAAGCCUGGGAAAAAGCAUCUUGAUUUUUUCACAUUUCCAUAUACAAUUUCAACAAUCCAUACAAAAUAUACAAUCAUUUUAUUGAGUGAGUUGAGGAAUUUAGGGAAAAGUUGAAAACUGAUGAUAGGACAGACUUUGCUAUUUAUUGAUUCUAAAGAGCAGCUUGAUCUUCUCUGGUUUUAGUUGGUACAAGCGCGGGUGUCAAUAUGAUAUUUGCAUUGGUUUUGAAUGAGCCCGCAUUCCAGGUUGAAAUUCCUGACCUAAGCCUUAAAAUUAACUGUUGCACGCUGUGAAACUCUAAAAUUAACUUUUGCUAAUUCCCAUUUAUGUUUUUUUGACUUCUUCCCCUUUCCCUCUUCAAUUAGUUAAAAAAAAAAAAGCAAACCCUAAUCUCAGUUAGACACAAACACGAACACACCUGUAGCUCCACUCCCAUUAUCUAAACCCAAACCCAAAUUGAUGAUGGCUUCAAUUCUCUAAACCCAAACCCAAAUCAAUCCCAAAUCUGAAUUCUUUGCAACCUUCAUCUCUGUCUACGCCAUCUCCAUCAUCUCGAGCUCCGAUUAGUCGAAAUCUCCAGUUGGAUGAAGAUUUGCUUUGAAGCAACAAUUGGAGUUGUAUGUGGAGAGGGUUCAAGAUCCUAAUUCUGGGUUGCAGAGGGUUGCUCUUGAGUUUAUGAGGUGUGCAUGAAUUCUUCUACAAAAAUGAAGAAACAGAUUGCUCUAGGGUUUGAGGGUUCAGCAAACAAGAUCGGUGUCGGCGUUGUGACCUUAGAUGGCACAAUUUUGUCAAACCCACGCCACACAUACAUUACCCCUCCUGGCCAAGGUUUCCUUCCCCGUGAAACUGCACAACACCAUCUCCAAUACAUUCUGCCAUUAAUUAAAUCUGCUUUGGAAACUGCAAAAGUAACCCCUCAAGAGAUCGAUUGCCUUUGUUACACCAAGGGUCCUGGAAUGGGAGCACCACUUCAAGUUGCUGCCAUUGUUGUUAGGGUUCUUUCACAGCUGUGGAAGAAGCCCAUUGUUGCAGUCAAUCAUUGUGUUGCUCAUAUCGAGAUGGGAAGGAUUGUUACUGGUGCGGAUGAUCCUGUUGUGUUGUAUGUAAGUGGUGGGAACACACAGGUAAUUGCAUAUAGUGAAGGAAGGUAUCGAAUCUUUGGAGAGACCAUUGAUAUUGCUGUUGGAAAUUGCUUGGAUCGGUUUGCUAGGGUAUUAGAACUCUCCAAUGAUCCAGCCCCCGGAUAUAACAUUGAGCAGCUUGCAAAGAAAGGAGAACAGUUUAUAGACCUUCCUUAUGCUGUCAAAGGGAUGGAUGUGUCUUUUAGUGGAAUUCUGAGCUACAUUGAAGCCACUGCUGUGGAGAAAUUAAAAAAUGACGAGUGCACCCCUGCAGACCUGUGCUACUCACUUCAGGAAAAUGUGUUCGCAAUGCUUGUUGAGAUAACAGAACGUGCAAUGGCACAUUGUGACAAGAGAGAUGUACUUAUUGUUGGUGGUGUGGGUUGCAAUGAGCGCCUGCAAGAGAUGAUGAAAACCAUGUGUGCUGAACGGGGUGGAAGAUUGUUUGCAACUGAUGAUAGGUAUUGUAUUGAUAAUGGGGCAAUGAUUGCUUAUACUGGUCUUCUUGCUUUUGCUCAUGGAACAUCAACCCCGUUGGAGGAAUCGACUUUCACGCAACGGUUCCGGACUGAUGAAGUGGAAGCAAUCUGGAGAGUAAAAGAGGAGUCAGCAAAAGUUUCAGGGUAUGGGAGUAGCUAAAUCUAGUUUUUAUGCGAAAAUCUAGUAGUUCUUGUGGUAUGCAGCCUCUGAUGUUAAAAACAUCAAUUUUAAAUUAAUUAGCUGAACUAUGGCAACAGUAUUAUGAUUUUAAAGAAAGGUGCUUGACUUUGUUACCGCAAGUACGUAACUCAAGUAAAUUGGUAUUCUAGUUAAAUUUAAAAAGUCUGGGACUUUUUCAUCGUUUUUGUAAGAUAUAUUUUCAAUUGAAAAUGGAUGCGUGGGUUACGCACUGCAUA